UGAUUUCAUGCAUUCCUCCCCACCCCAGAAAUCUGUGAAAAACACAACAGCUGUGCCUCCUGUGUUAAUGCUAGCAAUGAUAUUGCUAAUAUUUCCUGCUUUUGGAUGGAAUGUAAAGAAGCAGGUAGAAGCUACUGCUCACAAAAUUCAACAGUUACUGAUUGCCAGGUGGUGAAUAGUACAGAUUUCUGUUCUGUGCCCACCGCCUCGCCGUUGCCAACCAAUUCUACAGCUAAAACCACAACUAUGCCUUCUUCUACAACUGCUACACCAGGUUCAACUAAUACUACUUUAAGUCCAACUUCACAACCUACGCGAAAGUCUACCUUUGAUGCAGCCAGUUUCAUUGGAGGAAUUGUCCUUGUCUUAGGUGUGCAGGCUGUAAUUUUCUUUCUCUAUAAAUUCUGCAAAUCAAAAGAACGAAACUACCACACUCUGUAAACAGACCCAUUAGAUUAACAAGGACUGGCGUGUAACUCAUUGAAACCAAAAUAUUAUAUUUCAAGACGUCCCACAUGGAAGACACUAUUCCAGGAUCUUUAAAUUUUCAAAGGAUGCAUAUAGGAUACUUUGGAGCAUCGUGCUUGAAGAAAAAUCAAUUAAAUCAUUUUGCUCAACAGGAAUAUUGAAAAUAUUCUGCAUGAA